CGGGGAGGGGAGGCUCCGCCAGGGGGAGGAGCCGCUACCCGCGUUCCGCUGUCGGGGCUCCUUCCCGUCGCAGCUCCGCUAUAAAACCCGGGGCCGGCAUGAUCGCGGCACCCCCGGAGGCCUCCUCGGCACGCGACCCCCGGCUCGGCGGCGUCUUGGCUCCUGUGCGGGAUGCGGCUGCUGCCUGCGCUCCUGGCCCUCGCCGCCGCCCGGCCCUUGGCCAGCGCAGAGUCACACUGGUGCUACGAGAUUCAAGCCAAGGCCUCCAACUAUACUUGCUUGGGGCCUAGCCACUGGGGUGAAGACUGCCAGAAGAACCGCCAGUCCCCCAUCGACAUUGUCACUACAAAGGCACAGGUAGACCCAGACUUGGGACCCUUCUCCUUCUCUGGCUAUGACAAGAAGCAAAAGUGGAAAGUCCAGAACAAUGGGCAUUCAGUGAUGGUGCUGCUGGAGGGCGAGGCCUCCAUCGCUGGAGGAGGACUGGCUGCCCCGUACCGGGCCACACAGCUGCACCUGCACUGGUCCGAGAAGCUGGAUAGGGGCUCAGAGCAUACCCUUGAUGGCAGGCGCUUUGCCAUGGAGAUGCACAUAGUACAUGAGAAAGAGAAGGGGACAUCGAGGAACGAGAAAGAGGCCCAGGAUCCCAAAGAUGAGAUUGCAGUGCUGGCCUUCUUGCUGGAGGCUGGAUCUGAGGAGAAUUAUGGCUUCCAGCCCCUGGUGGAGGCCCUGGCUUCUGUCCCCAGACCCAAGAUGAACACCACGAUGAAAGAGAGCAUCAGCCUGUUCGACCUAAUCCCCAAGAAGGAGAAACUGAGGCAUUACUACCGCUACCUGGGCUCCCUCACCACUCCAGGCUGCCAGGAGACAGUUGUCUGGACCGUGUUCCAGGAGCGCAUUCAGCUCCGCAGGGAUCAGAUCUUCGCCUUCUCCAGGAAGCUGUACUAUGAUAAGGAGCAGACAUUGAGUAUGACAGAGAAUGUCAGACCCUUGCAGCCGCAGGGGCACCGACCCGUGUUCAAGUCUCGGGCCCCAGGACAGUUGCUGCCCUUGCCCUUGGCCACCAUUCUGGUCCCCACGCUCACCUGCCUGAUGACUGGCUUCCUCCGAUGAGCGAUCCCUUCUGGACACUUGACCUUUGCUUUUAGUGUGUAGAGGCCUGGGGUCUCUAUUCCUCAGGCUUCCUAGCAUGGAUUUUGAUGAUGAUUAAAGGGAUAUAUUUUUGGAGAAAA